AAGCAUCUGUUGACACCAAAAAGUACAUGCGGAGUGAUCGUCAAACUCUAAGAUACAAGAUAUAUCGGUGAUACUUAUAGAUAUAACAAAGGUGGGGGGAAGUGUUCAGAAGUUUUAAAAACUAAGCAAGGUGCGAUAAGAAGAGUUUUAUCUAAAAAGCGGCUAAUUCAAUCAGAAUUUCUUAAAUCGGAGCUACUUUUUCCCCAACGAUUUCUCUCGGACGAGUUCAAAGACUCGAAGUUACUAACUAUUUUUUACUAAAAAAUAGUUAGUGUUCUUUACGAAGGCGAGUGUGGGACGAAAGCUCGACGGGAGAGACGUAUCUUCUCCAAAUGGAGAUAGAAGAAAGAGACGGUGAGAGAAGAUAGAGCAGCGAGUGAGAGAGCAAAGUAUUAGUGUAAGUGGGGAUUUCUGAUAAAGACAGACUAUCUGGCAAGGAAAGGCCAGAGAGACUGAGGAGACUGGGAAGGAAAGAUGUAAAAAAAAAAGGAAAGAAAAAGAGAAAGAGGUGGAAAGAGAGUGUUCGUAUAUAAGAAGAAGAUAGACCGAUCGCUAAUGUUAGAUCUUUUAUCUGUCAGACGAACGGACCCAGGCUGACCACGGGUCUUCUUCCACCGAAAGAGCGGCAAGCCGUGCCUUCGUUCUUCGUUCGACGAGUGACGGUUGCAGUCGAUUCGCGUCUCUCUGAUCGUCCGGAGGACAACAAUCCACACGACUUCACUGAUUACAACACGUACCAGUCACCGUGCCUCCUUCCUCGACCGUCGCCUCCAUCCAAGGCGGUUUCUCCGCCUCGGACGAAUCGCAAUUUUGUCUUCCUCUUUUUUUUCUGGCAUUCAUCUGGCACUCGACUCGACUCGACGAAGGAUCGCUGAACGGAUCCCGUUCAAGGAGGACCAACACGGCGACGUCGCUCUAUCGGCGGCCGACCGACUGCGAGCUGACUGGAUGAGCUGGAUCCACGAACGCUCCACCUCGGGAUCGAUCAUGGAUGACGAGAAAAUCAAGCUAUUUAAAGAUAAGGCGAUUUAUGGCUAUGGAACGAGCAUUCCCCCGAAUAACAAUGAGGACGACGAAAAUGAGAUGUCACCACGGAAGGUCAUCUUUUGCGUUCAUGGAAAAUUGUCAGGUUGUUGUACGGUUGUGAAAGGCUCUGGCGACGAAAAUAUAGUUGCGGAUUAUCAACAAAAUUCAUUAUCUCCAGAAGAUCAUUGUCACAGGGAGAGGAAUGAGGAGAUUGAUAAGAAAGCCCGAAAAAAGUUGUUGAUCGCCAGUGCGCUCUGCGUUAUUUUUAUGAUAGCAGAAAUCGUUGGCGGAGUAUUAUCGAAUAGUUUAGCGAUAGCAACUGAUGCCGCACAUUUGUUGACUGACUUUGCGUCUUUUAUGAUAUCUCUUUUUUCCAUCUGGGUCUCCAGCAGACCAGCCACUAGAAAAAUGCCUUUUGGUUGGUAUCGAGCGGAGGUCAUCGGGGCAUUGACUUCGGUUUUAUUAAUAUGGGUAGUUACCGGCAUUUUAUUCUACCUCGCGAUAGAAAGAAUUGUCCAUAAGGACUUUGAAUUGGAUGCAACGGUGAUGUUGAUCACGUCUGCAGUUGGUGUUGCGGUAAAUCUAGUAAUGGGCCUGUCGUUGCAUCAGCACGGCCACAGUCACGGUGGACACAGUCACGGCGGACACAGUCACGGUGGGCACGAUGAUGUGGAAAAUGGGCAUGAUGAUGAUCUCAAAGGCGAGCAAUCAAAAAGAAAUAUCAAUGUGCGCGCCGCAUUCAUUCACGUUUUGGGUGAUUUUAUUCAGAGCGUGGGAGUAUUCGUCGCCGCAUUAGUCAUUUAUUUUAAGCCAAGUUGGAACUUGGUGGAUCCAAUAUGUACAUUCCUCUUCUCCAUAUUAGUUAUUCUCACUACAGUGGCGAUUAUUAAAGAUGUAAUUAAUGUUUUGAUGGAAGGUAUUCCUAAGGGUUUUGACUAUUCACAUGUGGAAAACACCUUUAUGCAAAUAGAUGGAGUCGUUAAGGUGCACAAUCUUAGAAUCUGGGCGCUUUCACUCGACAAGACUGCUCUGUCAGCGCAUCUUGCUAUAAAACCUGGAUCAAGUCCCCAGAACAUUUUAUGCACCGCUACGCGGAAUAUCCACGAUAAAUACAAAUUCUUUGAAAUGACAUUGCAAAUAGAGGAAUUCAACGAACGAAUGGAGAACUGCAAACAGUGCAAGGCGUUAUCAUAAUAAGAUAUUACUGUUAUCGUACUUAUGUGUCCUAUAGUCACAAAAUAAGGGACACAAUGUGCAACGAAGAUAUUUUUAGAUUACUAUCAACUUCAUUACGAAUUAAGUUGUUAAGAUUACUUUAUUCGCGAAAGCAUAGCGUACACGCAUCACAUUGAACUCUUGUUGUACAUUUCCUUUUUUUUUUCCUUUCUUUUUUUAACCAGCUCAUAUAGAUACAUACGAGCAGUCAAUUCGUACAACGCAAGUGUUUAUUGUGAAUAGUAUAUUGUGUGUUAUUCCGUUAUGAGAUAAAUUAUAAUUAAUUCCAUAAAUAAAUCAAGAUAUAUAUCGUCAAUUGUUUCAGUUACGAUUGUAAAUGUUUCUCACAUUGAUUUUCAUACUAAUAGAUGGAUAUAUUAAUCUUUCAAGUUAAAAAUUGUAAAAAUAAUUAAUAUUUAUUUUUAAGAAUGACUAGAAUGCUCCGAUAAAAGCAUCGACGAGAUGUUAUUAAAGACCGGCCAAAGAUUUUUCGUGACUAUCAAAAGAACCCGAAGAAAGCCCGUCCGCAAUUAUAUAGAGCGAUGAUAUCAAUUAUUUUGGCUACUGAGGAUAACAAACGUAAUUUUUAAGGACAGGUUUAAUGUUAUCCUUCCCAAACAAUAUAUUCAAAAACGAGUCAUAAGACAUCUUAAAAACAUUUUUUUGAAGAUGUCUAAAGUUUACCCAUAUAAUACACUUUAUCCCAGAGAUGUUUCUGCUAACGUUCUCAGAAUAUCGAGACAUUUUCAGGAUACUCUUCAGAACAUCCCUAGUUUGAACAUCUGUGCUGGUAAUUUAUAACGUGUUCUUUGCUUUCUAUUUCUCGUUUUUUACCUCAUGUCUUUUUUUUCUUCUUUAUGACUGUUUUAUUGACAAUCGCGUUUCUUUUCACGUAUUGCUAUUCUUUCGAAAUCCAUCAAUUUUUAUUUCGGACGAAAGAAAACAAAAAAUUGGAUAAGAGGCAAAAAGGCAAGAGGAAAAAACAACCGAGGAAAAAAAAUAUAUAUGAAUGUUAUAUAUAUUAUAUAUAUAUAUAUAAUAUAUAUAAUUAUAUAUAUUAUAUAUAAUUUUAUGUAAUUAUAUAAUUAUGUAUAAUUAUAUGUGAAACAUUUUUGCGAGAAAGAGGAAACAAAGAACACAUUGUAUAUUAAGCUUUGAUAUAAAGACAUCUAAAAUAGUCUAGAAGAUAUUUUUAAGACGUCUUAUUUGAAUUUUUUGUUGCUGUCUGACAAUAAGUCUAACAGACCAAUACAUUUAAAUAGUAAAUAGUAAACAGUCAGUAAUGUCAUCGUUCUUCAUACAUUUAAGUACAAAGGCUAAUUCUACAAUGUGCUCUUUGUUUCCUGUUUCUUGCUGUUUGUCUCUUAUUGACCAAAAAGGCAAGAGACAAACAAAAACGAAUUAGCCAUUGUAGAAUUAGUUCUUUAUGUCACGGAAAGGAAGGAAAUAAAGCAUUUUUGUUCAUUUUCUU